UGCCCGCCCCUUUCCGCGACCCGGAGCCGCCAUGGACACGAGUCGCGUGCAGCCUAUUAAGCUGGCCAGGGUCACUAAGGUGCUGGGGCGGACCGGCUCUCAGGGGCAGUGCACUCAGGUGCGCGUGGAGUUCAUGGACGACACGAGCCGCUCCAUCAUCCGCAACGUGAAGGGGCCGGUGCGCGAGGGCGAUGUUCUCACCCUGCUGGAGUCAGAGCGCGAGGCCCGGCGGCUGCGCUGAGCGGGACCCGGGGUCUCCCCUGCUGCCGGAUCGUCCAUCGGGGAAUGGAGCCUGGCGUAGCUCGUUCGGCCUUGGGGUGCGGGUGGGGAGGAGCGUGGCGGCCGUAUCACUGCAAUAAAGGGUUUUUCCAGUAGUCCCUUGCCCGGGUUUCACUCAUCGAGGGCCCCCUGAUACCCCUGCUUUGUCUCCCGUGAGCACCUGCCUCUCUUCUCGGAUUCAGUAGCAACAUGUCCUGCUUGUUACUGGGGUUACACGUAGUGUCUUCAUUGUAAUAUCGCUGUGUUAUUGUAUCUUUACUGGCCUGUCACAACAAAAGUAAUUGUUUGGAUUACAAUUAAUUCUGACCUUC